ACAGGUGGCGACUCCGGCCAAAGAUCAUUCAUCCAAUUGACGUAGUUAGUUCGUCCGUAGAUGUCAUUCAUUCAAACAUCCAUCCUGCGUGUGUGGGGGGCUCUUUUGUUAGACGACAAAGUUCUUCCAUUCUCGCGUCCUCUUUCCGUGCCAUUGUUGUUUUUGUGCUCCAGGACCUCACCUCUCGCCAUGUUCUGACAUCAAUGUUCAGGAGGGCUGGUGGUAUUUGAGUCGUUUCGUUGAUUAACGUUUUCGAGUACUUCCUUAAACUUCUAGUUUGUGGAUUGUGUUAGUUAGGGAGCGAGAUUUUGAAAUGUAAUUCACGUCGUAAGCUGAGUGCAUGAGGGUUUGGAGGUGAUGCUGUGGCGAAGAUGGGAGAGCAUCGGGCGCAAGUUUUGAGAUGGAGGCUGGUUUAGAUAAUGAAUUUGUUUCAAUUUCGGUUUUCUGACGUUUUUUUUUCUCGGAGGAGAUGGUGGAUGGAAUUUGUGGUUAGGUCUUUGAAAACGACAGGAAGAGUGGUAUUAGUAGGUGUGGUUGCGGAAUCAUUGUUGCCGGAGCAGCAUCACGUGGUGCGGGGAUCGUGAUGUGCAAUUGAUUUUUCUUGGGCGGAAGAGGGAAGUGAUUAUGGCAGAGGAUGCGGAGAGUGCCUUGGAGCUGCUACCGUGGUCUCUUUUGCAAGUCAUUAUUUCACGACUAGAUGCGCCAUCAAUCUGCGCCGCUGCGGCAUGUUGCCGUGCAUUGCGCACCUGCGCAGAGUAUGCUCUAACGCAACUUGGAUCUAUCGCACUUGUAGACAUGCGAACGGAGCCUGCUGUAGUGGAGAGGCUACUGGCAGGGAACACUUGCUUGAGCAGCUUGUCAUUGGAUUGUUCUAGGAUGGAUGAUGGCAUAAUCAACUCAAUUACAAAGCCAGGGUUGCACACACUCUGCCUCUGGGGCUGCCAUCAGUUUUCGGCGAAGCUCUUGUGCGGAAUUGCCAUGAGGUGUUCUCUGCUCAAGGUUUUGUUAUUGGAGUUAGGUUGGCAUGAUGACAGGCAAGAAGUGAAUAGCUUCAGCACUGCCCUCGAGAUGAUAUUACAAAGAUGUGGGAAAUUGGAGUCGUUGACGGUGCGAUCCGAGACCUCUUGCUUUGAUUCAGGGGCGUAUGCAGCCAUACCACGCCUGGUUGCGUCGGGUUUGAAUGCCCUUGAGAUCGGGUACAUAGCUGAGCGCGAAGCCAAACAUGUUCUGAAUCUAGAUGAAGCUUUCCGCUUUGCGCCGCGAGCGAGCUAUCCUUUCAACUCCUUAGAGAAGUUGGUCCUGGUAUUGGAUCGGAUAACAGACUCUCUUGUGGGCCUGAUUGCUUCAAGAUUGCCCCUUCUCUUGGAAUUGGAGUUACGUGAUGGGCCUUCUGAAGAGCCUCUGCUAGCUUUUGACUUGACUAAUUGGGGCAUCCAGCAAAUUGGAUCAUGUACAAAGCUCCAACGCCUUUCACUUGUUCGCAGUCAAGACUGGAUGUUGAGCGUGUCCUUUAAGAGAGUAACUGACCUUGGUAUCCUGCUUAUGGCUGAGAGUUGUUCCAACCUGGAAAGCAUUAAGUUUGGCGGGUUUUCUCGGAUCACAGAUACGGGAUGUAGAGCUGUGCUCCACAGUUGCCUGAAGUUACAUACUUUUGAGCUAAGCAACACUCCGCAACUAACAGACCUAGCUUUCCAUGAUCUUCCCGCGACUCCUUUAGGGUUAGAAUGUGUUUCUCUCGCUUCGUGUGGGCUGCUCAGUGAUUGCUCAAUUCAGCAUCUUGCAUUUUGCACAAAGCUGAAGUCUCUGAAUCUCAAAGGCUGCAAAAGCGUUGGAGAUGGUAGUAUGAAAGCCAUAAGCUCUUUGUCAAAAUUGGAAGUGCUGGCAUUAAAUGGCUGUGAUGUAAGUGACUCUGGUCUAUCCUUGCUGGGACUCGGAGUUGCGCCUCUUUCGUCAGUCUCCCUUCGAGGAUGUCAGCGUGUGUCCGAUGCUGGCAUAGCGACGUUGUUGGCUGGCUCGCUGGCAAGUACAUUGGUGUCGAUAGAUCUCUCUGCUAUUCCGUCCCUCACCGACAAUGCUAUCAUUGCGAUCGUGCGAUGCAGGAUGUCCGUUCUACAGGAGCUGAGGCUGCGUGAUUGUCAUCUAAUUGGCGACACUGCCGUGAUUUCGUUGGCCUCGGCUGUUCUGAAGGACUUUGAAAUUGGUUUCGGAGGAACAUUGCAGCUGCUUGAUCUUUGGAACUGUGACGGUGUAAGUUCUCUCUCCCUGGGGUGGCUUAAGAAACCCUAUUUUCCAAGGUUGCGUUGGCUCGGCCUGCCAAAGAAUCUAAAACUUGGCAUCGUAGCUGCCCUGGUUGAAGCCCGUCCUUCCUUGCACGUAUUCACUGAUGGCGCUGAGCUGGGCCAUAUGUUUUCUGGUGAAACGGAAGUGAUUGUGCGUGAGGAAGAAGAUGAGCUUGAGAGGUGGAUGAGGGACGUGAGUCCUUGAAUUCGCCUUCAUUGUUGGAACCUGCAUUUGUUCGGUUCUUCGAAACCAUGAAACAUGAUUAGCAAGGAGGUGCGAAAUACUCGAGAAGUCGGCCGUAAAAGGACAGGGAAACGUGUAAGAAUACUUCGCGGCCAUGGAAAAAAGAUUUUAAUCUUUUACAAAGUACAAAUUUGUAUUAAUUUUUCUCUGAUUCUCAUAAAAACACCCAAAUAAAACUGAGGAUUGUCAACCGAUCCAGUGAUUUGAGUUUACAUCUCAA